AUGAAGCUGGGGCGCCUGGGCCUCGCCACUGCCCUGAAGGAGGAGUUCGACUUCAACGAGAGGUGCGAGAUGGCGGCCAAAGGCGACAUCCUGACGAUGAGCCACAGCGCGCCGAGGGCGCUGACCAAGGAGAUCUCCGCCAAGCAGCCCCCCUUGCACCACCAGGCGAAGUUCCUGCUGGUCGUGAGGGCCCUGAAGGACUGGAGGCUCAAGGCGGUAACCAAGGGGAUCGAGGCGGUCAUCGACAAGUUCUGGGACAUCCAGUCCCCAUCGAAGCUGGGGGCCGAUGCAGAGGAGCACGUCGAGUUCAACGUGGAGCAACCGCGACUGAGGGCUGUUGGCGGAUCCACUUCCGAGCGUUGCGGCAAAAUGAUCGACAACCUCUACGACUGCAUCAUGUGCCCGCUGAUUGCCGAUGGGGAGAAUUCGGUGUCCGUGCGCACAGCGAUCUGCAAGAAGCUGACCCUGAAGGUCGACGAGGUGAUGCAGUGCGACCCGAACGGCGAGCUCGAGGACUGGGGCGACACGCUCGUCAACAUGUGCAGCGCGAUGAUCGGCAUCUCCGUGAAGGACUCCAAGCUGACGCGAGAGUGCUGGUUGGCAGCCGAACACAUGGAGAAGACUCAUUCGCCCUUGUUCUCAUCCAUCAAGGCUAUCCCUUUCUGGCGCGACGCGUUGGCAGAGUAUCGCAGGGUGCUUCCUGCGACCAAGAAGCUCCAGGCCCCGAUCAGCGCGGCGGUGGAGGAGCUGCAGGGCCUGCCCGACCCGAUGGCCCCGCAACGCGUCAUCACCAUCGAGAAGAGCAUGGUCCAGCUGACGGAUGCCAAGAACCAGCAGGUGCGCGUGGGUGAGUACGUCGACCUGGAGACGGAGCUCGGCAAGAGG